AUGGGCCAAGUCGAAGCCGUAUUGGAGGUCUUACUUGGUAUCACUGGCAAGGACUUCACUCUCAUUGCGGCGUCCAAAGCUGCCAUGAGAGGCCCCACUGUUCUCAAGGCCGCAGAUGACAAGACGCGGGAGCUGAACAAGCAUACCCUCAUGGCAUUUUCCGGAGAAGCUGGUGAUACAGUUCAAUUUGCCGAAUACAUUCAAGCAAACGUCCAACUAUAUUCCAUGAGAAACGAAACUGAACUCAGCCCGUCGGCCGUCGCCAACUUCGUACGAGGAGAGCUUUCCCGCAGCCUACGAUCUAGACGACCUUACACCGUCAACCUCCUGCUGGGUGGUGUAGAUCCCAUCACGGAGAAACCCAGUCUGUACUGGCUGGAUUACCUAGCGGCGCUUGCCCCGGUGCCAUAUGCUGCACACGGCUAUGCCCAAUACUACUGCCUAUCGAUCCUCGAUAAACACCACCACCCAGAUAUCACUUUUGAGCAAGGUUUGAAGCUUCUCCAGAUGUGCACUGACGAGCUCAAGCGGAGAUUACCAAUCGACUUCAAAGGCGUAUUGGUAAAAGUAGUGAGAAAGGAGGGCAUCGAAGAAGUAGAUUUUGAUAACAGUAAACAAGUCGCGCCCGCAUAG